UAUCUAGGUUGUCAUUGUCAUUUAUCUGUCACUAACUUAACCUCAAAGUUUUGUGUUCAUUAUAGUACGGUUCAUAGUUUAUAGAUCGAUUUUUGGUAUUACGCGACGUCUUCUGUAAUUAUGCAAGGCUAUUAACACCAUGACCACCAGCACGAGCGAUUGGCCUUGGCAAUACCACUUUCCUCCGUUUUUCACUCUUCAGCCGCACCCCGAGACUCGAUCUAAACAAGUAGCAGCAUGGAAGAGCCUCAUUCUGGACUAUUGUCAAAAGAAUAAACUAUACAUAAUCGACGUAAGAGAAGCCCACCAACUGCCCCUUUUUCACAACACCACUAUGAACCGUAAACUGGACUCGUCAGUGAUUGUUUCAAUUUUAUCAGAAUUGGCCAAAACCGGUAAUGCUGCAUCACUAGACAAAACGAAGAAUCGCUGGGAGAUUUACUGGCACACAUUAGAAGAGUGGGCUUCAAUGAUAUACGAUCACAUUUGCGAGCUUGGGAUGCAGAAUAGUGUGUUGACUUUAUUUGAACUUUCACAAGGGGAUGACGUGCAAAGUAAGGAAUUUGCAAGCAUGCAGACCGAUGUCUUGAUUAAGGUACUGAGGGUGUUGGAGAAUGAAAGGAAGUGUGAGUUGAUCUUGUCAGAUGAGGACCAGGGAGUGAAGUUUUUUUAACAGGUUGUAAUAGAGGAAAUAAAUUAUUUUUAUUAAU